AUGUCUCGCUGUUUAUUAGGUCGUUACUUUCAUUUGUUAAUACCAAUUACUUCUAUUAUUGCAGGAAUUAUUAGCUUGGCAUCAGGCCAAACUAAUCAACGGUACAGUCUUCAAAAUAUGCCCCACACAAGCUUCACUUGCCGCGAUAAAAUUCUUGGUGGCUACUACGCCGAUGCAGAAACAAAUUGUCAAAUGUUUCAUAUUUGUGUAAAGGUUGCUGGAGUUGGAAUUCAAGACUUCAGAUUUUUAUGCCCAAACGGCACUGCAUUUGAUCAGGAAGCACAAAUCUGUGCUGACUGGGGAGAUGUUGAUUGUGAAGCCGCAACUCUUUACUAUGGCAGUGACAACUUUGACCUUUACAGAAUUGGAUCAAAUUUUGAAAGCAAAAAGUCAAGCUAUGCUGAAGAAGAUGAAUCUGUUUUUCAUUUGCAGCGUGCUGAAACAAGUGACGCUCGAAGAAGUAAACAAUACAUUGUCAAUCAAAACAAACAAAACACGGUUCCAACAACAAGGCCAACCACAACUAUUCGUCAAUUGCCUCCUUCAACAACAACUACUACAACAACACCACGACCGUCUUAUGAGCCAACAACAUCAAGAAUUGUUGUGUCAACUUAUCGACCAACAUCCCAACCAAGGAAUCAAUUCCAAGAUAAUGUUGUUUCAACAUAUCGACCAACCAACAAUUUCUUCAGUAAUCAUAGAAGUGUUGCUAACAACAAUGAUGAUGAAAUUUUGAAACAAUCACAAAGCGCCAAUUUCUUCAAUAAUAAAAACAACGGAAAAGAAGACUUUUAUGAAGAUACAAUAAAGACAACAAAAGCUCCAGCUAAACAAAAGGUUAGAAGUCGUCAACGUGGUCGUAGCAAGUACCGAAACGUUAGCAAUGUGAAUUCAGUGACAUCAGCUCCUUCUCGAAACCAUGUCACAGCAGCAGCCACUCAAAGAUCUGUAACCGAACAACAAUCACGACAAACAUUCACGAAUACACCAAUCGUUGUUCAAUCAGUUUCAAACAGUAGAUCAGACUUCAGUCAUUCACGAUUUAAUCAAACAUCCAACAAUUAUCGAACUUCCGCUUUCACUGCAUCCCCGACAACAAAUUCUCCAAUUCAAACCCCUAAACACGAUGAAACGUUCUUCGAUGUGCCAAAAAUCAAUCAGAAACAACAAACAACAAAACUUAAAUCUUCACCAGCUCAAAAUCUUGAUUUUAAAACUCCAACAUCAACUGCUUCACCUCACGUUCCAAUUGAUGAAUUCCCACAAAAUCUUUUCGGUGCCAUUCCACAACGUGUCAUCAUUCCUAGUAAACUUAGCCCCGAGCAACGAAAAGCUCUUCAGGCAUCAAACGGCAAUAACAAUAACAAUUAUUACAAUAAUUUACAAACAACUUCCACUGCUUUCACAACACCUACAUCCACCCCCUAUCCACAAUCUAUUUCUCAAGUUAAUCGCAACCCAAACCAUAAUCAAUUGAGACAAAAUAACGAACAAAAAGACUUUAGUAGUCUACCUCAAAAAUUCAAUUUCAAGACACAGAAAUACGAAUCGAUUGAGCCUCAAAAUCCAACAACUCAAUUUUACAAUCCGAAAUAUGAAACUAAAGGAACUGAACAGCCUUUCAAUAGCAACAUUAAUUUAGAACCAACCAGAAGUGGAUUCACUAAUCAAAGCCACAAAACUUUUGCACCACGACAGUCGACAACGACAUUCACUGAAGAAAGUAAACCAACAACAUUCAAUCCCCAACAAUAUUAUCAAUCAGAACAAUCACAAUAUCAAAAUCUCUCCCCACGAGGUUUCUCAUUAGCUGCACAAAAGCAACAAGAACAAACGAAGAAAACUACACAAUCAGUACUUCGUCCACAUAUCACUUCAAGAUCAGAAGCUCGUAAUCAUAAAAAAUUCUCAACACUUGUACCAAAAGAUCAAUAUUAUCCAACCACUUUCAAACCCAACAAUAACUUUAAUAAAAAACCAAUUGAUUAUGUUGCAUCACAGAAACUCGAAAAGAUUCAAAAUCCCAAUAAAUAUUAUUCACAAUUCACAUCAACACCAGCACCAACUACACAUUCCUAUGUCAUCACAACAACUCAACCACAAUUGAACACUUUUGUUUCUCAUCAUCAACAACAUAAUAAUUUCCAACCUGAGACAACAAGAAUCAGCAAUUUCUUCUCGACAUCUUCUAGCGUCAGACCGUUGGCUGAAGGUGAAGAAGAUGAUGGACAAUAUCGACCUGAAUUAUACGAAAAAGAUUUUUAUAGGAACAAAGUGAGAACAACUAAAGUCACAACUACGCCAGUACGAAAUAAUUUCAAUAACUUUUAUCAAACAUCAACAACAUUCAAGCCACAAGAUCACAACAGUAACGAAGACGAAUUUUUAAAGACGGCACAUUCACAAAAUAUUUUUGCAAGUGGAAAUAAACUUAGAGCUGAAAAGGAGCGUGAAAAGAAUUUUGAAAAGUUUGAUUUUGGAACAGAAAAAUCGAGUCCGAGACCAUUUUCAAAGCCAACGCCUGUAACAUCAACAACUCCCAAACCGAAACAACGCAAAGAAGAAAAAGAUGUUAGUUACGAUUAUCAAUAUUACGACACAAAUGGUGAUCAAAAUGAUUAUACAGAGCUUGAAGCAAUCGCAGACUUUGGAAAAACUUCAAAGAAAUCCAGUGUUAAUUAAUUUUUCAUCUUAUCUAAAUAUUUCUUGCUCGCUUUUACUAUUUCUUCUUCUUCUCAAAUUACUUUUCGCAACUCUAAAUAAGUUUCCUUCUAUUUAUUAUGACGAGGGCUUUCCAUGCUUUUAUAUUUUAAACUCUUUUGUAAAUAGUUUCAAACUUUAUGUUUUUAAGCGCAUUAUAAAUACAUAAAUAGUGAUUAAGCUUGAUUGUUUCAUUAGUUGGUGUCAUUUCAAUUUUUUUUAUCACUUUUCUAAUAAAUUUCUGUACCGUUUUUCUUUUUUUAAUAACUUUAUUUAGCUACGCAAUAUUUAAUGUCUGGAUAUUAUUUGUACACUGAAUGAAUUAAAAUCAAUAAAC